AUGGAGGUGACCACCGUGUCCCCAUCUCCUGCCUCACCCACUGAAGGAGAUGAUCUCUGUGAGACAGAUGUCACCAGCGUGGCCAUAGACAGUGUGACACUGCUCAUCUGCCUCUGUGGGCUGGCUGGGAACGGGGCUGUGCUCUGGUUCCUUGGGUCCCAUUUUUUGUCCAGGAACAACACCAUCCUUUACAUUCUGAUGCUGACUUUUUUGGACUUCCUCCUCCUCCUCUUUGUGUUGCCCUCCACUCUGCUCUUCCUGCUGGAGAAUGUGUCCUGCUCUAUCAUCAGGCCCUUGCAGUAUGUGGGGUUGCUUUUCAGGAUGUCAGCGGUGUCACACAGCGUGUGGCUGUGCACACUGACAUUCUUCAGCAUCAAGAGGUGCAGGUCCAUCCACUGCCCACUCUGGCACUGCUGCCACCAUCCCCAGCAGCUGUUGAAGGUGAUCCAUGCCAUGCUCAGGGCCUUCUUCAUCACUUUCAUCAUUGUCAUUGCCAUAAUAUUUUCUCUAUGCAUUGUCCUGUUAUCUGAGCAUUGCUGGGUUUCUUACAUCUCCAUGCACGCCUCCAACCUCCUCCUCUGUGCUCCCUUCAUCCUCAUUUCCAGCAAAAUUGUCUUCACUCAUUUCAAGCCUGGCUUCCAUCAGCAGCAGCCCAAGAGACUCGACAUUGUUAUCUGCCUCAUUGUGCUCUUCACUCUGCCCCUCAGCCUCCGCCAUUUCCUGCCGGAACUCAGCUACAUCGUUGUGCCCUCCCAGGUUGUUUUCCUGCUCAUCUGCAUCCACAGAAGCAGCAACCCCAUCAUUUGCUUCUUGGUGGGGAGGUGCUGGAGGCCCUGCUCUGUGGAGUCCCUCCUGCUCUCCCUCCAGAGGGUCUUUGAGGAGCCAGAAGACAACACUGACCACAGCCAUGAUACCACCAUGUACAGAGAGGCCUGA